UUGAACUGCCUUAUAUAUACAGGUAUACUGGUACAGAUAGCCAACAGUACCUAGAGGGCUCACUCCUAUACAAGCCAUUGCGGAACCAGCAAUCACCUCUGAAACAAGAAAGAAAAUGUUGCUACUUAUUUUUAUGUGUUUCUUGGCACUUCCGGAUCACCCAGCAGUACAUGGUAACCCAAACAAAGUGAAUCCUGGUCAAAAAAUCAAGAAGGUUGCAGGUUUUUUUAAUGAAAAUCCCCCCUUUAAGUUUUCAGACCCCUCUGUGGCAUUUUUGCCACCCGUCGAGGAAGAAUAUACCAAUGCAAAAUACAACAAAACUUUAAAGAAAAGGUCAGCUGGAAGAGCAGUGAAUCUGCCUGCAGACAUUGUGAAGCAAAUGAUGGAUAAGCCAAUAUCAGACUUUUUUUGUUCCAUUGAGGCCAAUCGAAAACUCAUUCUUGAUACCCAUAAUAAAUAUAGAUGUAAUCCCAAUCCAACUGCAUCCAACAUGCUUAAAAUGACAUGGAAUGAUGAUGCUGCAAAAAGUGCACUCGCUUGGGCCCAGAAAUGUAUACAAGGACACAGCCCUACCCCUAGGAAAAUACCAAAAAUGAGAUGCGGUGAAAAUAUAUUUCUGGCAGCAUACAAAAUGCCCUGGGACAUUGUGGUUGACUGCUGGUUCAGUGAAGUCCAGGACUUUAGUUUUGGAGUUGGAUCAGUAAAUGGACAAGAGGUCGGACACUACACUCAGUUGAUGUGGGGCACUUCCGGUUUCGUUGGAUGUGGUGUUGCUGAAUGUCCAAAUCUGGUCAACAAGUAUAACUUUGUGUGCCAUUACGGCCCAGCAGGGAACCGAAAACCUACAGAAUACCCAUACAAAAGUGGAAAACCUUGUGCAGAUUGUCCUAAUUCUUGUGAAAACAAUCUUUGCACCAACCCUUGCCCAUAUAUGGAUGACUAUACAAACUGCAAAGAUUUCAUGAAAGGUAACACCUGCGGAAGUGACCAAAGCCUUAUAAAUGACUGCGGUGCCAUGUGUCAGUGCACUAAGGGAGAAAUAAAAUAAGUGCCACUUUCUGUCUUGUACAGCAGCGCUUGUGACAUCACUGACGAUCGAUUGAGUGAAAUAAGCAUUUUCUGAUUCUCGCUACAUAAUUGGAAGUUAUUCAUUUUUUAUUGGUAUUACCGAUACAUAAUUUAUCAAUAGCAAACUAUAGUAAUGCUUAAUGUUUGUAAUCGGCUAUUUAAUAAAAGUUUGUUGAAGUUACAA